AUGGCAGCAACCGCCGAAGCGCCCCAGCAGCGCAAGCAGCCCUCGCGCAAGGGCAAGAAGGCCUGGCGCAAGAAUGUCGACGUUUCCGACGUGCAGACAGGACUCGAAGAAAUUCGCGACGAAGUCAUUCAUGGAGGUGUCGUUGCCGACAAGACUUCGGACGAGCUCUUCGCCGUCGACACGGCCGGAUCCGCCGACAUCAAGAAGGAAGUCCAGAAGCGCCACAAGCCGCUCAAGGCCGACGAGAUCCUCGCCCAGCGCUCCGCCGUGCCCGCCGUUGAUUCGCGCAAACGCUCGUCCAAGGUCACCGACGGCAUCAUCGAGCCGAGCAACAAGCGCCACAAGGUCGGCAAAUACGUCUCGCACAAGGAGCUGCAGCGGUUGAAGAGCAUCGCGCACGGCGGCGACACUACCGAGAAGGACGUCGUCCAGGCCGACGGCACCGCCACGCACGACCCGUGGGCGGUCGUGGAGAAGAAGCCGGACCCGCGCUUCUCGUUCCUGCCCGAGAAGAAGCCCAUCCGCGAGCCGGAGACGCUGAAGCACUCGCCCGUCGUGCUGUCGGCAAGCGGAAAACCUUUCGCCGCGGUCAAGAAGCCCGAGGCCGGCAAGAGUUACAACCCUACCUUUGAGGACUGGAAUGCGGUGCUUACGCGCGAGGGCGAGAAGGAGGUUGAAGCAGAGAAAAAGCGGCUGCAGGAGGCUGAGGAAGACAGGUUACGUGAGGAGCGCGCUGCCGCGGCUGCGGCCGAACCGGACCCAGAAAGCGAUGGCAACGAAAGUGCUUGGGAAAGCGAAUGGGAGGGCAUUCAGAGCGAAGCAGAAGACAGCUACUUGAAGCAGAAGAGACCAGAGCGGAAGACGCCCCAGCAGCGCAACAAGGCAAAGCGGAGAAAGGAAGCCGAGAGGCAAUCCAAGUGGGAGGAGCAGAUGAAGAAGAAGCAAGAGCAAGCUGAGCGUAUCAAGCAGCUGGCCAAGGAAGUCGAGGAGAAGGAUAAAUUGAAGAAGGAGCAAGCGCUCGUGAAGAAGGAUGAGGAAUCCUCUGAAGAUGAGGAGGAAGUUCUGCGGAGAAGAAAAUUCGGCAAGGCACCAGUCCCCGAAGCCCAACUCGAAGUCGUCCUUCCAGACGAGCUGCAAGAUUCCCUGCGCCUGCUCAAGCCCGAGGGUAACCUUAUCAAAGAUCGUUACCGGAACAUGAUUCUGCGCGGCAAGAUCGAGUCGCGGAAAGGAGGCCAGCGCAAGAAGGCGAAAACGACCGUUACGGAGAAGUGGUCGUACAAGGAUUGGACGUUGGCGAAGGGAAGAUAA